AUGACCCGGAGGAUCGUCUACGGCAUUGGCCUGUGGCUCACGCUGGCCGCCACCGCCAUGACCAUUGCUAGCAUCGUCGAGCCGCGCUGGCUCGCCUACGACGUCGAAGGCCACGGCAAGCAUGGCAAGCCCGUCAAGGUGACAUACGGCUUGCACACGCUCUGCGACUCGGUCACCGGCUCGUGUCGCAGCUUCCCCGAGGAGGACGACUGCCGCGGCGACUCGUGGUCCUUCUGCAGCCGCUGGCGCACCGUCGGCUUCCUCAUGUCCUUCGCCGUUGUCAUCGAGCUCGCCGUGCUCAUCGGAUACGCCGUCGUUUUGCUCGGUGGCAAGCAGAAGCGCGAUCAGGGCUGGAAGAUGAUUUCGGGCCUACUCAUGGUCGCUGGCGCAGUCUCCUGCGCAUCCAUGGCCAUCGUGGCCUUCCUCUUUGACCACGACGACCGCUUCUUCCCGCCGGGCUGGCGCCUCGACAGCUCGUGGAUCCUCUGCACCGUCAGCUGGUCCAUCUCCAUCAUGACGGCCUGCGGCCUCGUCGGCGCUGCCAUCGUCCUCCCCGAAGAGGGCGACUACGAGUUGAUACCCGAGGGUAGGAUGUAA